AUUUUGAAUGAAACUGUCUCCUAGGAAUUCGGCAUUUUUCCUUGCAAAGGGCCUCGGAGUGCUCUGGAGCCCUGCCCGCUGGGAGCGCACCGGACCGGAUAACUCCCUAAGGGACCCCGCUUCUCCGCGUUGGCUCACGGCCUCGGCCUGUUCUUCAGGUGCCCUUGGAAGCAGAGCUUGAGCGUGCAGCUGGCCUGCAGCGUCCGCGCUUCGCUGGAAAGCACCUCAGACAGGUGGCGUGUCUCAGGUGGUGAGCUGACUUUCGGCGUGCCACUUCGGUGAGGCCCGUGCAUGCCGGCCUCUGGGAGCAGCGCCCGAGCCCUGGACGCCUGAGCCUCGCCCAGCAGGCCGCCAUGUGCCGUGUGGUCAUUGUGACUUGCCGCUCCAUGCUCUGGACGCUCCUGAGCAUCGUCGUGGCGUUCGCCGAGCUCGUCGCCUUCAUGAGCGCAGACUGGCUGGUCGGGAAGGCGCGGACCCGUGGCGGCAGCGAGCCGGCGGGCCCUGGCGGGCCCGAGCGCCCUCCUCCCACACUGGGCCUGUACGCGCGCUGCAUCCGCAACCCGGGCGUGCAGCAGGUGCCGCGGGACGUGCUUUGCGGCCCCUACGCGGAGAGCUUUGGUGAGAUUGCCAGCGGCUUCUGGCAGGCCACGGCCAUCUUCCUGGCCGCGGGCAUCCUGGUGCUGUGCACGGUGGCCCUGGUGUCCGUCUUCUCCAUGUGUGUGCAGAGCGUCAUGAGGAAAAGCAUCUUCAACGUGUGCGGUCUGCUGCAGGGCAUUGCAGGCCUCUUCCUGAUCCUCGGCUUGAUCCUCUACCCCGCUGGCUGGGGCUGCCAGAAAGCCAUAGACUACUGCGGACCUUACGCGUCUGCCUACAAACCCGGGGACUGCUCCCUGGGCUGGGCCUUCUACACGGCCAUCGGCGGCACCGUGCUGACCUUCGUGUGCGCCGUGUUCUCCGCGCAGGCAGAGAUCGCCACCUCCAGUGACAAGGUGCAGGAGGAGAUAGAGGAGGGCAAAAACCUCAUCUGCCUGCUGUAGGCCGGCGGGCGUGGGGCGCUCACGCUUUUCUGGAACCUUGGCAUCUAGCGGAGAGCCAGUCUGUACCUGCCACAGCCGCAAGGACACUGGACACGAGGGCCACGUGGCGAAGGACAGGGAUGGGAGCCUGUCGGGGCUGCUCCCAGUCGUGGGCCUCUCUACUCCAGGGUGCAGUGUGUGGUUGGUGGUUUCUCCCUGCGAAGUUCUGUGAGGGCAGACGGCACGCUCACUGGCAUGGGACGUGUGGACGCUCGUGGCACUCACCAGUGCUCGCCGGAUCAACUCAGCCCUCGCCUGUCCCUUUCACAGAAGGACUAGGAACCUGUGGUGCCAUAUGGGAAGGAAGGUGCCGGUCUGAUGAAGGAAGCGCCCAGCCCACCCUCCUCUCACAUCAGAAGCACGUUGGUUCUUCUGGGCUCCGGGCUGGGUUCUGCCUGCCAUGGAAACAUCUUCCCCUUCCCCAGCCUAGGGACAGACUGCAAGCCGGAGGAUGGCGCUGCUCCAAUGCUCUGAGGGAGGGGCGAGUGGGGAGGCUAUAUCCCUGGCAGCAGUCAGGGAGUUCUGUGUCUCCAACUGAGGCUGCAGGCUCUGCAAGCCGACCCCUGUCCCCUUCCCAGAGAGACUCAUGGCACUGUGGUGUUGCAGGUGGCUUCGUAAUGGGUUAGAUGAGGGGAGUUCAGAGUGACGCUGCCAGCAAUGUGUGUCAGCAGGCAAGCCCUCCGGGACAGCUCCAGCCAGCACCAGGCCCCCGCCACCAUUCCCAGGGGUAGGACAGCUCCCAGGUUUGUGAAUGUGCUCACCUGGGAUCUUUGCUUUGAAAUCAAACCAGAAAUUUUGAACACCUUCCAUGGGCCAGGCACACAACACUCAUGAGGUUUUCACAGGUUGGCCCGCACUGACCAUGAGCCAUCCUGUCAAAACUCCAGGAAGCCAGACCUAGCCCUUGGUGCACAACAGUCCCUGCUUUCCGUAGAGCCCCAGCAGGGCAGCUGGACAGGCCCAGCUGCUGCCUUUUCCUCUCUGCUGGCCGAAAGGCAGAGGGGUGAGAAGGUGGGCAGAGAUGAGCCAGGCCUUGAGGACUUGGUCUUCUCAAAUGCCAGCAACACUGAGGCCCCCGGGGGUAAGCCCGCCACAGGUAGGUAGGUGGGUACAGGCACAGGGGAACCAGGUGCUGUCCCCUGUGCCAGCAUAGCUGCGCUCAUCGAAAGCUGUUCCCUUUGUCAUGCAGAUGUUGAUAGAAUCAUUCUUCCUCCUCAGAAGGUUCUAAGAGUCCAUUCCUCACACUAACUCUGCCAUCUUGGUUCCCCCUGCAUCCCCCCGAGGCAGCCUGCCCCUUACCUGCUUCACCAGUGAACACAGCCCCCUCCAGCAGGGACAGACAGCUGCUGAUCUGAAGCCGCACACAUACAGAGCUCCAACCCCCGAGAUCCACCUGGACACUGACCUGUGGCGGAGCACAGAUCUGAUGGCUGCCCGACGGACUGAGGGGCCGGUGCUGGUCGUCUGAAGCCUUCAGGCCGUCUGCCAGGUGCGUCUGGAUUGCUGGAAGCACAACAAUUUGAGAAGCAUCCUCCCCACACCCAUUUUUCCACGAGAAGCCCUUUCCUGCCGCCUGCGCUAAAGGCUGGAUCUUGCAGGCAUGGAGGUUCAGGACGGUCUGGGCCGGCCCCCUCCGCAAGCCCACAGGCAGCCGCGUGUACCUGCUGCUCUGUGGGUUCUUCAAACCUGUGUGCUACUCAACAAUGUUACCCUUGUUGGGUAAGGAUUUUGUCAUUUCCAAACAUCUGUGGCGUCGUGAUCUUAAACACACAUUCUGUAAAGUGCAGCAUGUUUUUAAGAUAUGUAUAUUAUACAUACACAAGUCUGUGUGAAAGAUGUGCAAUAACAAGUGUAUGUAUGGGCUUUUGUUUUCUUUUUUGAAACUGGACAGGCGUCAAAACAGAUGUUUUGGCAAAGAAGAGUUAAACAUUUCUGCCUUCAUGGCUACUCCUAAGACAAUGCUACACAAACCUUAUGUGAAGAAAAGGCUGGUGUGAAAUCUUUCCUCCUAGGUCUAGAUUAAAACAAUCACUUAGACUUAUGUGAAAGGUAGAGCCAGCCCAGCGGGCCCAGCGGAUGCUGGUCUUUGUGUGGAAUGUGAAGCUUUUCUGUUAGUGUGAUAACUAGUAGUGGCCGUAGUCUUACCGUGCUUCUGUACCAGGCUGGCACUAGACCACUAUCAAGGGCUGAUCUCACCUGCGUAGCCUUACCAGUCUGACUGAGAACAGACCUCUCUGUGCAAUAACGCGUGGCCACUGGAAACCCAGCCUGCGUUGGGGCCCGAGGGCCCCAAGGCUUCAAGGGACGACUGGGAUUUCUCCCGAGACUGUGGUGAAACUCCUGCCAAGGCCGGGGGGUUGUGAGGUGCUCUGCGGGCACACGGCACCACUUGAGCCAAAUGGUAAAGUGCAUUUGCAGCUGACGGACUCGGCUUGAGCCUUCACGUUUGUGGUUUUCCUAUUACAUUGUAAACUAAUACAUUGUUUGUCUAGCAUUGACCAGCUUGCUGUGUACACGUAUUUUCAAUGUGUUCCCCCCUCCCCCAAUCUGAAUUAAACAAAGUCUGGCAAAAAUC